AUACUAUUAGGAAAUAUAAGAUUAAACAAUGUCUGCUGGAGCGGAAUUAUUAACCACAGCGGAACCACAUCUUAUUCCUGGAUACGCCGGAUAUUGCCCUCAAUACCGCUACAGAUGCGGAGAAACGUAUGGAAGUCUCACUCACAAAUUGCUUCUUGAUCCCACUGUAAAUCAUGCCGAGACACUUAUUUUAUCGAACCGAGUUACCGACGACUAUGAGGUCCAGAGGCCACCAAAAAGUGACAUAGAUAUAGUAAAUGCUAGAUAUAAAAGAACUGAUCCCAUAUUCAUCCAUCCUCUUUUGCCAGGCUAUGAAGGCUUUACCCCAAAACUGAAUGCCGGAAAUGGACAAAGAUAUACAGUGCUGGCUACAGAAGGGCUUGCUGAAUUUGAACAACAACAAUUACGAAAUAAAGCAGCUCUUAAUGAAUUUAAGAGAGUAGCAGCUAUACAAAGUGGACAGGGUGAACCAAGAAAUGUAGAAGAUCGCUUACUAAUAAAAAGUGAGUUUAAACUACCUAUGCUAACGGUUCGUCCUGAUUGUGUGGGUGUAACGAGGAAUUUAUUUUUGGACGAACAAUACGAAACUCCCAGGGAUCACUCCCCAUCCCCCUAUUUCAUGGAUAACGCAAAUCCGAAAAAAUACUUUAUCAGUCGAUAUGCGGGUCAUAUACCAUAUGGAUACGCACAUUUUGGAAAAACAAACCUUCCCGCUACUAACAGCGCCCUUUGCGAUUUUACAUCCGAUUAUCGAAAAAGGCAAAGUACAGAAUGGGCACCAGUAACAAUUUCACGACCUGAUCCACCGUUCAUAAUUCAACCUACCACUCUUUAUCAUAAACAUGUUGGAAUGCUUCCAAAUUAUCUUGGACAUGUUCCUGGAGAAACUUUUAGAUUCGGCAAAACUUUUGGAACUGACACUAAAGACGCAAAAAGGUGGCUACGUGGCGAUUUCUCUGUAUAAAAUAUGAC